AUGCCGCUGUCACGAAAGGCCGCCGUUCUGAUUUUGCUGUUUGCGGAUGAAAAGGGCGAUCUGAGAGUGGUCAUCACGAUGCGUGCAAGUACGCUGAGUUCCUAUUCCGGCCAAGCAGCGCUGCCAGGAGGCAAAGCCGAACUAGGAGAGACCGCGUUCGAAGCAGCGCGACGUGAGGCCUCUGAAGAGAUUGGCCUUCCACAACGGAACGAGGCCUUACCACCGCCUUUUAGAGUCGAGCACCUAUGCGAGAUGCCCACGAACCUGGCAAAAACAGAACUAGUUGUUCGUCCCUGUGUCGCUUUGCUACAUUCGCAUGACCCCGAGACAGGACUGAACGCUAACGUUGCUGAAAGGCUGCUUCCCAGACUGGAUGCAAGGGAAGUAGCUGCUGUGUUCUCAGCCCCUUUCAAGAACUUCUUGUACCAGGAAGAUCUACCCAGUCAACCAGACCUCCCCGGGAAGCCAAGCGAUUGGUAUAAAGGAGCCUGGACUGAUUGGCACCAGAGCCAAUGGCGGAUGCACAAUUUCUUUGUUCCCGUCACAAACCAGAUUGUUACUAAACCGAAGAAGAGUGAGGGACAGAAGAUUACUGCGAGUCACCUGGACCAGUAUGAGAGGUACCGAGUGUUUGGUAUGACUGCCAGGAUCCUUGUUGAUGCUGCUCGCUACGCCUACGACCAAGAGCCGGAGUUCGAUCAUAACAGUCACUUCGGGGAUGAGGACAUGAUUGUCCGUCUGCGCAAGGUUGGACGAUUAGGAGAUAUAAGGCGUCCUGGUGAUGAGCUCACGAAAGAGGAUUUGGUGAGAGCUGCAAAGCUCUGA